UGCCGACCGGCGCGAGGCGUUGGACCUCAUGUCGAAGUGACAACAAUGGAAGGGACCAGCGGGUCGAGUUUUGGAAUAGACACGAUCUUGUCCAGUGCCAGUUCGGGCAGCCCGGGCGUGAUGAACGGAGAUUUCCGCCCGCUCGGAGAGGCCAGGACCGCCACGGAUUUUAGGAGUCAGGCCACUCCGUCCCCGUGCUCGGAGAUCGACACCGUGGGGACGGCGCCUUCCUCGCCCAUCUCGGUCACCCUGGAGCCCCCGGAGUCGCAUAUGGUCCCAGACGGGCCCCAGCACCACCACCACCACCAUCAUCUCCCGCACAGCCAGCCGCCGCCGCCGCCCGCAGCCUCGGCCCCGACGCAAAGUUUGCAGCCUUCGCCUCAACACCAGCCGCCGCCGCCGCCGCCGCCGCCGCCACCGCCGGCCGGGCAACAGCUGGGCUCGGCCCCCGCGGCCCCCAGGACUUCCACCUCUUCUUUUUUAAUCAAGGACAUCUUGGGAGACAGCAAACCCCUGGCCGCCUGCGCGCCCUACAGCACCAGCGUGCCCUCCCCGCACCACACGCCGAAGCCCGAGAACCACGCGGCGCACGACAGCUUCAGGCCCAAGCUGGAGCAAGACGACGGCAAAACCAAGCUGGACAAGCGGGAGGAAGCCCAGGGCGACCUCAAAUGCCACGGAACAAAGGAGGAAGGAGACCGAGAGAUCAGUAGCAGCCGAGAGAGUCCGCCGGUGAGAGCCAAGAAGCCCCGAAAGGCCAGGACAGCUUUCUCCGAUCACCAGCUCAAUCAGUUGGAGCGUAGCUUUGAACGGCAGAAGUACCUGAGCGUCCAGGACCGCAUGGACUUAGCAGCUGCACUCAAUCUCACUGACACCCAAGUGAAGACCUGGUACCAGAACCGCAGGACCAAGUGGAAGCGGCAGACGGCGGUGGGUCUGGAGCUGCUGGCCGAGGCCGGCAACUACUCGGCGCUGCAGCGGAUGUUCCCCUCGCCCUAUUUCUACCACCCCAGCCUGCUGGGCAGCAUGGACAGCGCCGCGGCGGCCGCGGCGGCCGCCGCCGUGUACAGCAGCGUGUACCGGACUCCGCCCGCGCCCCACCCGCAGCUGCAGCGGCCGCUGGUGCCCCGCGUGCUCAUCCACGGGUUGGGGCCCGGCGGUCAGCCCGGCCUCAACCCUCUGCCCAACCCCAUCCCGGGCACCCCACACCCCCGGUGAAGAAGCAGG